GUACUCACUCUGUGCGUUAUCUGUGGACGUUUAAAAAAAUAUAUAUUUAUUAUUUUGUUUUUUUAGGAAAUUUACAUGCUUAUGUAAUAUUAAGCCAAUAUCUUUUUGCAGAAGUUAUGGGGAUUAGAGGGCUUACAACGUAUGUAGAACAACGUUCUGAUCAGUUAUUUGAGACAUUUCAGCUGAAAGACUGUUCUCUUGUAAUUGACGGGAAUAGCUUAGUUGCACAACUUUAUCAACGUGUUUAUAAAGCGCAUAGUGCUUUCGGAGGAGAUUACGACGCGUACGCCGACAGCGUGAGGCAUUUCUUCAACGUCCUCCGCAAAUGUAACGUCAUUCCGUUUAUUCUACUUGAUGGUGGCUACGAGGUUAAGAAGCUCAAGACCGUAAAAUCUAGGUUCCAGACUAGGAUAUGUGAUGCUAGGAAAGUCAGUCCACUCGUGCAGAUGAAGCGCAGUGUCUUCCCACUGAUGUUAAUAGCAGUGUUUAAAGAGGUUGUGUUUGAAAUGGGAAUCAAGUUAGUGCAGUGUGGCUUUGAAGCAGAUCAUGAGAUAGCUGCAGUAGCUCGUGCUAUGAAGUGCCCUGUUAUAAGCUAUGACUCUGAUUUCUACAUUUAUGACGUCCUCUAUAUUCCUUUCGACACGUUUUCCUUAGAAGCAGUCGAAAUAGGAGUAUCGCCUGAAGGAACCAAGUUAUAUGCGAUAGACUGCAAAGUGUACAAAGUUGAGAAUUUUCUGAUGUCUUUCGGUGGUUUGGAUAAAACUGUCUUACCCUUGAUGGCAACAGUACUUGGAAACGACUACAUUCAGAAGAAUGUUUUCCAAAACUUUUUCUCCAAAAUUAAGCACCCUAAGAGCCAUACAUCUAGUGACACACAGCGCCACAUUGUAGGGUUGUUGACGUGGCUGAGAGGCAAAACUCCGGAUGAAGCUGUAGCUAUGAUCUUGGCAUGCAUCAAACAGUGCGACCGACAUAGGGUGCUGGAGCAACUGAACAAGAGCAUUGGGGGCUAUAACCGCACCUCUGAUGUCCUGCCGCUACUGUGCCCAGAUCUCGCCGGUGAUAAACCACCCACAAGGGGCUUGAGCCCCAUCAUCGGCGAUGCAGCUGCAGUUCUGGCCAGUGAAGAAUGUUCACGAGAUGGCUCAGAAGAGUGCAUGGCCAACGUGCCUUACAAACCCACUGCCCAGGAGGAAGUUUUCCAAGCCCUCCCUCAUUGGUUCAAACAGAAUUUUUACAAGGGGCUGCUGCCUUCCAGCGUAUUGGACAUGAUCUCGCUCCGCAUGUAUUUUUGUCAGCCGCAGGUGGAAGACUAUUCCCUCCCUCACUCGCACGAACUAAGUCUGGCCAUUAUCCCCGUGAUUUUUGGCCUGCUGACAUCCCACGAAACCAAGACCUCGGGCCUGACGUUCACUUUCCGCAGUAAAAACGCGGAGAUGCGUAGAGUGUUUUUGGAUCCCGUUAAAUCAAUGACCUGCCUCACCCCGUUCCCUAGUCUCCAGGACGUACCUGAUGUACCUGGCGUCAUCCGUGCAUCCGUGAUCCUCGAGUUGGUGGGCUUGGAGGCACAAAAAACUUUGCUCGAGACCGUGCCUGAUGCGUGGAAGCUGUUUGUAGUUGCGAUUGUGUUCUGGGCUCGACGCACCUCGCACCUUCGUUCCUCGUUGUCAUCCAUGAUCAGUGCCCUUCUCCUCACUGCGAUUUCGUUGAAAGUUGUUGAUGGUGUCGUUGGAUACUUCAGGACUCGCAAACAUUUUCUGAGGUCUCACGGUUCCAAAGUCAAGAAAAUUGAAAGGUGUGAAAAGAGUAAGCAUACUUCAGAUGACCAGUGCAAUACUACUUCUAACAGUUCCAUAAAUGAUCCCAAGUGUCAAGACGGCGUCUGUGAUGAAAACAUUCAACAGUCGUAUUGUGAUGAAAACUUUGCAAUACCAGAUGCUUUGAAAAAUGUUUUAGAUUCAGACUGUUUUCUAUUUGUCGAGACAUUCAUACUGUUUCGUUAUUUUGAUGAAAGCCUCAAGCGUAACCCGAAACUGUACGAUGUAACAGUGGUUCAUGCUCUUGCACAGUUUCAGAGUUGUCUCUUACAUCUCACGUGUUUGAAUGCAGUUCUGGAUUUUCCAUUUGAACAAACUAAAGUGUCUUCUUUUUUUUCUGGGACUGCAGUGUACAAUCUGUUCGCAAAUUUCAGAAAACGAACCAAUUUAAGUUUGUAUAUAACGCAACUGUUUGGACGGUCUCCUUCCAUUCUCAGACUUUUCUUUAGUCUUCAGAAAAUUGUUACAGCUUUCCUUCCUGAUGUAGUUGCACACAGUGGAAGUAGUAGAAACAGGAAGAGGAAGAAUGCUAGGAGAAAAAAUUUGGAAGAUGUAUUAAAGUGUGCUGAAGACGAAUUGACGAACGAAAAUUUAGUGCUUGAAGAGGAUGUGUUUGUUGAUAAAAACAACAAAUUUUCAGUUUUAUGUAGUAUGUAAUGUGGGUUAAACAUAGCAUUAUAUUCAGUUUCCAACUGAUUAAACGUAAUUAUGUUCUAGAGUCUACUCUAAAAGUAAUAGCCUUGAUAAAAUUACAUUGGGUCAGAUAUAAGCCAUAGAAGUUUGCUCUAGAACAUAAAGAUGAGUAUCUUUUGAAGAAUAGAUAUUAUAGUGGUCAAUGCAGAUUUAUUAUGUGCUUGAUGUGGGACCUGGUAGGAGCAUGUCAUACACUUUUAUGAAAACUGGAAGCAAAGAAAUGUUAAAAACCAUUCUGUCUACCUAAGAAUGCAUUUGUGUGAUAUGUUUGUAUGUAUAAGACAUGUAUGCUACGGUGUCUUUAUUUACUGGCAAAAAUUUUAAUAGUAAGCCCAAAACUCUUUUAACCCAAAACUCUUUAAGGAACCUUUUUGUAAUUCCUCAAAUUUACAACCAUAAAAGGAUGUGCUUAAACUAAAAUUUUCAACUUUAUAUUAGUUGUGUUCUGUGGAAUGUUGUAAGUUGUGACAGAAUAUAUAUUUUUGCAACAGUAGAUGUUACUACUGUGAACACUCGUAUAACUCAA